AUGUCGGACUAUGAGCUGAUGAACGUUGCCACAGUGGGCGGCAACCCCAUUUCCGCUUUCCUGUCAUGGAGACUUCAAGCGACCAACGCCUGCGACGUCACCCUCGUCUGGAAGACGGGCUUUGAGCAUGUGUCGCAAUACGGGAUAUCCUUCAAAUCCCCCAACUUUGGCAAUGAGCGGUUCAAGCCCCGGCAUGUCGUACGAACACCCGAGGAGGCAGCCUCUCGCCGAGAAGGCGCAUUUGACUAUGUUAUCCUUUGUAUAAAAGCACUCCCCGACGUCUACGAUCUAGCAUCCGUCAUCGAUUCCGUCGUUACGCCUCAACACACAUGCAUCCUCGUGAACACAACGCACGCGCUCGGCCUCGAGUCCGCAAUCGAAGAGCGGUUUCCGACCAAUGUGGUUCUCUCUCUCGUUUGUGGCGCCGAACUCGCCCAGCUCAGCGGCAGCGAAUUUGAGCACAAGGGCUCGACGGAAAUGUGGGUUGGAGCCGCCAACAAGAACCCCAACAUUCCGCCGACAAUACAGGAGGACAUGGCGCAGGCUCUGGCGAUGACACUAAGCACUGGCCAAGUGGACUGCAAGGUGUCGCCCAACAUUCGCCAGCAGCAAUACGAGCGGGUUAUCGGCCCGAUCGCAUUUCACCCACUGACGGUAAUUUUCGAGACGCCCGACUACGCCGCGCUACUUGAGAAGGUCGGCGUGUCGAAACUGGUCUCUGACAUUGUCGACGAGCUGGUUGCAUUGGCGGAAGCUCAGGGCUGCAAAUUUCCGGCCGAGUUCAAGCAGAACACGAUCAACGAAUUUGCGUCGUCGACCAUCGAGAACAUCAUGUGGCAGGACUACUCAGCAAGGCGACCCAUGGAAGUUGAAACCUAUCUUGGGUCUCCCAUCAGGUUAUCCCAGGACGCCAAGGUCGGCGUGCCGCGUGUUGAAGCCCUCUAUCCCGUCCUCCAUAACCUUAACUUGGUUAACCGGAGCCGGCCAAAGGUCGACACCGCGGUCGCAGCGCCAGUCCAGCCAGGAUCUCCCUCCACCACUCCUUCCCCGCUCCCCCGUAUGUCGGCUCAGGGACCCCCUCGGCCGAUGCCCAACGGGAAUGGCAUGCACCCCCGCCCACGUCCAAGGGGAGCAUCAUCGAUGGGGCCACCGGGCCCGGGAAUGCGCCGCCCCCCGCCGCCGUCAAUGAAUGGAGGGCCGCCAAACGGGUAUCCACGUCCACCGCCGAACGGCCGCCUGCCGUCAAGGAGGGGGUCCAUGGAGGGUGCGGAUCUGGAAGAAUUCGGUCAUUUGAUGCUCUACGAUGACGUCCCUGAAGGGGGCGAGGCCGCUUAUGGCCCACAUGAUAUUGCCUUGAGGGAAAGAGAAUUGCAGCUACGACAACGGGAGCUUGCGCUUAGGGAGCAAGAAAUGAGGCUGAGACGGCCCGGCCCGGGAAUGGGCCCGGUUCCGGGCCCCGGUCCUAGACGAGGACCGCCUCCUCCGUCGUCACGAGCCGGUGGCGGAGGUUUCGACGACGACGAUGAGGACGAUGACUUUUUCGAUCCCCUCCCUUCGGCCGGAGCGUCGAUGAUUGACCCCGAUAAUUUCGACAUGAUGAGCGUUACCUCGAGGAAGAACCGGAAAGCAAUGGGCACAGCACCGAGCUCUGCCGCACAGUUCCGCAGAAAUCCCGAACAGGACACGGGCCCGCCGCCGCGUAGCAGGUUUCGACCAAGUUUCGGAAGGAAUCGGUCGAGUCAAGUCAUGACUGGGGUUCCAGCCACGCACGGGGAUAUCAUGGAUGAUCCCCUGCUAGGCUUCACCUCUAAUCGAUAUGGGGCCGUGGAUCGGGGCAUGAUGCACGCUGGUUCCAGAGCAAAUUCUCUAACGGCUGCCCGUCUUGACGAGCUACAGUACAACCAAGGACCGCCGCCCAUGGGCAUGAAUGGCAACGGGCCGCGGCGCGUCAGCCAGUCACCUGGCAACCCAUAUAGCCCGUCAAUGCGCGGCGGCGUCCCGGGCGGGCGCCCCUCGCCGCCAAAUGGGUAUCACUCUCAGCCGCAAGCAAACGGUGGGGGCCGCCCAUCACCUCCGGAUGGCAUGCGGCAGCCAAUGCCACACUAUCCGCCGGGCCACGGCAAUGUUGUGGCCCCGCAGCAGGUCGAGCAGCACGCUGGGGUGAGCGCCCUCCAUCCACCCAAGACGAAGAGUCCACGAAGUCUGACCGGCAGUGCGAGCGCCAGCGCGGGCAGUGGUGAUUCCACCAACCUCGACUCGGAGCCGUCGGCGCACAGCAGCCAACAGUCCCUCGGUCCUCGCCCACCGAUCGGCGUCCGCUAA